GAAUAAGAAUACAACUGAUUUUGCCAAAAAAAAAAUAAAAAAAAAAAACAAAUAUAACAAAUGCAAAGCAACUAUAGUUGCAAGACCAAGACGAGUCGAGAGUCACACCAACCCUUGUAUUUGCAACACUCGUCGACGUGGCAAAAUACGAGUAGCUUAUAAGCAUUAUAGUUAUGUAGAUCCGGUUGCAGAGAAUAAAAACAAACUGGGUCUCCUCUCGUGACUUAUUAUUACCCAGUAACCGCUCUCUCUGGAACUGUUAAAUCCUCUCUCUCUCUGUGAAAUUCAUACAGACAUAUAUAUAAAGAGAGAGAAAACAAAACGCAAGUGAAGAAAGAAACCAACACGCGCCACGCUCAGAUCUCAACCUCUUCAAUUCACUAUCACUUCUCACUGAUCCUUCAUUAAUGGCUUCUUGACCAGUGACAUCUCUAGUAAGGAUUUUUUGGAGAAGCAAGUGGAUCAUAUGAGGUGUUCAUUUGGUUGGAUUGCUUCACCAGCUAUCAAUUCAGAUGUUCAAUUUUUGCAAGCUUAUUGUAAUAAGGAAAUUCCCCUCAGAGUCACACAGGUUGGUGUUUGACAGCACAUAACAUGCAUGUUGAUUUCACUCUUCGUGUUUAGCCUCAGAACAAUUUUUUUUUUUUGUCGACGAAAAUAUGCAGUAAGGUGAGCAAGGUGAAACCAUAUCCUUUGAUCCAAGGAAGUACUGAUUUGCAGUUCUGCAAGCUUAUCAGAGGUGGACACAGGCUAUCAUGGCAGAAGACGAGGAGCGUAUUGAACUUAAGUUCCGCAUAUAUGAUGGAACCGAUAUAGCACAUGGUGCUUAUCCAGCAUCUACUACAACAGUGGGCGCUCUUAAGCAAAAGCUAAUUGCUGAGUGGCCUCAAGGAAAAACAGUUACACCAAAGUCAGUCAAUGAUAUAAAACUUAUACAUGCAGGUAAAGUUUUGGAAAACAGCAAAACGCUUGCUGAUUCCAGAGUAACUUUUGGUGACAUUCCUGGUGCUAUUACCAUGCAUGUUGUAGUACAACCUCCUAUUCCUAAAAAAAAGACAGAGAAGAAGGCGGAGAAGCAAAAGAUGAAUUCAUGUUCAUGCACUAUCCUGUAGAUUAUAAGGCAUACUUGUGGCUUCCCUUGAAGAUAAGGUUGCAAUUUUUCUACUUUUAACUCUGGGAGAUCAUGGGUAGGCAGUGUGCUAUCCAAUGGUAUUGGGUUAAGACAUGUCUGGCUUUAUCAAAUUGUAGUUGCUUGCUUCUAUUAGUAUUCAAAUAUUCAUUUCUAGUUUGUCUUCGGAGUGAAAUCAGAUAUCAACAUUGUAAAAUCUGACCUCAACAAGUACAAUAAGGGUGUUGCAGACCAUAAACCAUGCCGAGUUGCCGUGGCUGUAUAAUUCCAGCUCCUGCGCGCACCAGCAUAACAUGAAUGCAUAUUUGUAGGGGAAAAAUAUUCCCUCCCCUCUAUACAUAUGAUUUAGCUGGUGGCAUUAAAUGUACCACGUCAAUGUUUAAUGACCGUGCAAAAAAGUGUCAUAGUAUGUCCAAAUAUGGGUUGGUUUUAGUGGAACCUUAUAAGAUUUAUGCCGGCUGAAUA